AUGUCUUCCAUUCCCCUCCCACGCGAGGCUGCAAAACUUCUCAAACCAGGCUAUGCCCAAGUCUUGAGUCUGCUCCAAAACACUAUAGGCGUCGAUCCACUAACGCUCGUGAACAUCGGCCUCUUUCUCGCUGGCAUAUUUACAUUUUUACGUUACAUGUUCACGCGCAUAAUCAUACUGUGGGUAACCAUUCGCAUAAACGAGGAUGAUCAGCUAUAUCAAAGCCUCAUGAGGUGGAUGGCGGACCAUCAGUUUAUGAACCGCCAGUUCCGCAGCGUCAAGGCUGUUAGUGCGUCUAAGAGUUCAUGGGAGGAUGAGGAAGAAGCCCUCAAAUCUAUGAUUACUGCAGGAGGAGCUGGCGGUAGUGGCAAUAAAAAGUUUCUCACAGAGCCAGACCCCAACAAUCUGAUCAGUUACCGGACCAUCGUCGGCAGAUCACCGAUCAGUCUACAACCCUUCCAGGGCACGCACGUCUUCCGCCGUCAUGGAAGCUGGAUUCUAUUCCAGCACGUAAUCCGCAAGGGCAGCGAGUUACUGCCCCAAGACAAGGAAAGUGGCUACAUCCAACUGAAGUGCCUGGGAUCGUCGUUUGCGCCUGUACAGCGACUACUAGAAGAAGCGCAGUUGUAUCAUCUCGAGCGCACAAAGAUGACUACGACGGUCCAUAGAGCUAUCUCAAAUGUGCGGGAAAUGAUUCGUUGGACGAGGUUUAGUGCUCGACCCUCGCGGGAUAUGUCGACUGUCAUAUUCGAUAAAAAGGCUAAACAGGAGUUAUUGCAGGAUAUUAAUGAGUAUUUGCAUCCUCAUACGAGGCGGUGGUAUGCGAAUCAUGGAAUUCCUUAUAGACGUGGUUAUCUGUUUUCGGGGGCGCCGGGGACGGGGAAGACGAGUCUUACGUCUGCGUUGGCGGGKGUUUUUGGACUGGAUAUUUUCGUGUUGAGUUUACUGGAUCCGAAUAUGAACGAGUCUGCACUGAUGAGGCUGAUGUCUGAGGUCCCGUCGCGAUGUAUUGUCUUGUUGGAGGAUAUCGAUGCUGCGGGUUUGAAUCGUCCGGCGAGUGAGCCGAAGCCGAGAAUGGGCAGGAGAGGCAAGGGAGACAAAGCAGCCGAGGCGAAUGCUCUCAGUACGAUCCCAGGGGCCGAUCAAGGCGCUCAGAAUGGUGGCAAUGCCUCUGCGGCGACGUCGGUUUCCUUGUCGGGCUUACUCAAUGCGAUUGAUGGUGUAUCUUCGCAAGAAGGUCGUAUUCUCAUCAUGACUACGAACUCACCGGAAUCACUAGACAAGGCUCUGAUCCGUCCUGGGCGCGUCGAUAUGCAUAUUGCUUUUGAGCUGCCGUCUAAGGUUGACAUGCAGGAGUUAUUUUUGUCCAUGUACCGCGACGAUACUGCUGAAGUAGCCCAUGGUAGUGAACCGGCCAACACGAACGAAGAAGCUGAAAAGAAGAAUGACCUACAGCUGAAAAGUCUUGCAAACAGAUUCGCAGAGUCUAUGCCGGAGAGGAAAUUCAGUCUUGCGGCUUUGCAGGGAUUCCUUCUACAGUACAAGAGAAGUCCUGAAGGCGCUUGCGACAAGGCAGCCGAAUGGGCAGCGAUCACAUUGCAGAAAAUGGCCGAGGAGGAGGAUGAAGAAUAG